AUGUCAGUUCAGAUAUUCAAGGAUCAGGUUGAAGAAGAUAGAGGUGAAAAUGCACGUAUGGCAGCAUUUGUUGGUGCAAUCGCUGUCGGUGAUUUGGUGAAGUCAACGCUUGGCCCAAAGGGUAUGGACAAAUUGUUGCAAAGCGCAAGCAAUCCUGAUCACUCGAUUGUCACCAAUGAUGGUGCCACUAUCUUGAAAUCCAUCCCAUUUGAAAACCCAGCUGCAAAAGUGUUGGUGAACAUUUCAAAAGUCCAAGACGACGAAGUCGGAGAUGGUACCACCUCGGUGACUGUUUUGAGUGCUGAGCUCUUGAGAGAAAGUGAAAAGUUAAUUGACCAAAACAUACAUCCUCAAACCAUUAUAGAAGGUUUUCGAAUUGCACGAAAACACGCUAUUGAAGCAUUGGACAAGAACGCGGUAAACAAUGGUAACAAUCAAGAGAAGUUUAGGCAAGAUCUUUUAAAUAUUGCAAAGACCACCCUCUCGUCGAAGAUCUUAUCUCAAGACAAAGAGUAUUUUGCAAAUUUGGCUGUAGACGCCAUUCUCCGGUUAAAAGGAUCGACAAAUUUGAACAAUAUCCAAAUAAUUAAGAAAGUUGGUGGCAAACUUUCAGACUCGUAUCUCGAUGAAGGUUUUAUUUUGGAAAAGAAAUUUGGUAUUGGUCAGCCCAAGAAAAUCGAAAAUGCCAAAAUCUUGAUCGCCAAUACAUCAAUGGAUACGGAUAAAGUCAAGAUUUUUGGAGCCAAGUUUAAAGUAGACUCGACUUCGAAAUUGGCCGAGUUGGAGAAAGCCGAGAAGUUGAAGAUGAAAAAUAAGGUGGAUAAAAUCAAGAAAUUCGACAUCAAUGUAUUUAUCAAUCGUCAGCUCAUAUACGACUAUCCCGAGCAGCUCUUUACUGAUGCCAAGAUUAACUCAAUAGAGCAUGCCGAUUUCGAUGGAGUUGAGAGGUUGGCUUUGGUGACAGGCGGUGAAGUGGUGAGUACUUUUGAUAACCCAGACUCUGUCAAGCUUGGAUACUGUGAUUCAAUCGAAGAGAUCUUUAUUGGUGAGGAUACGUUUUUGAAGUUCUCUGGGGUAGCUGCAGGUGAAGCAUGUACCGUGGUGUUGCGUGGGGCUACCGAUCAUGUAUUGGAGGAGGCCGAUCGUUCUCUACACGAUGCAUUAUCCGUAUUGUCCCAAACAACAAGAGACACUAAAACCGUGCUUGGUGGUGGAUGCGCAGAAAUGAUUAUGGCCAAGGCAGUAGACCAGGCGGCAGCAAAUGAAACUGGCAAAAAGGCACUUGCCAUUGAAGCAUUUAGCAAGGCUUUAAGACAACUACCCACCAUCUUGGCAGAUAAUGCAGGAUACGAUUCAAGUGAGUUGGUGACGAAAUUAAGAUCCGCCAUUUACAAUGGUUUGUCAUCCUCGGGGUUGGACUUGAAUAAUGGUACAGUAGCAGAUAUGAGAGAUUUGGGAAUUGUUGAGAGUUAUAAAUUGAAGAAGGCAGUGGUGAACUCGGCAACAGAGGCAGCUGAGGUAUUGUUGAGAGUCGACAACAUCAUCCGUGCCAAGCCACGAACUGCUGAUAGAAACCACUAG